AUGACCCGCGGGGACCCCAUCUCGCCCAGCGAAUGUUUGGUGUUUGAGGAUAGCGUGGCUGGAGUAGAGGCUGGUAGACGGGCUGGGAUGAGGGUUGUUUGGGUGCCACAUCCAGAUGUGGCUGCCGAGUAUCAGGCGAGUCAAAAGGAUAUUUUGGCUGGGAAGACAGGGAUGAUUGAAAUAGGAGACAACUGGCAAGUAGGAGAGGUCGAUGACGGCUGGGCUGAAAGCAUAUCAAGUCUGGAAGAUCUCAACUAUGAGAAGUACGGUAUCGAUGUGCAGUCUUAA